AUGCCAUUGGGACAACUUCCGCAUCUACAAAUUCAACUGAACAAGUCGGCCCCCAAGGUCUCUUCUUGCCUCGUCAUUCUGCCGCGUCACACUGUGCCCGUCCCACCUGUGUUCCCGUCUCAUGCCACGGCAGCCCGGGCACCUGCACCGCUGUCCGGACCGGUCCAUGGCACUACUUGGCAUACACAUACGACCGAGUCAACAACGACACGGCACCUAUCAAACCUCGCGAGUCUCGCCGUGCCGACAUCACGCCCUGCUAAGGUCGUUGUCGACGACGAGAACGGUGUUCAAACUCGCCUUCACCCCGAUGAACAUGUCGGUUUCGACGAUCCGAACCUAUUGCAAACAGUCAUCUAUCACAGUUCCGAACUAGCCGGUACAGACCAAGAUACGCUUCCCAUCAUCGUCCGCAACGCACCCGGUGACCCGGUCACGGUUUUGGGAGAUGUUUUUCUGUCUGACAUGAGGAACUACAUGUCGUCUGACCUGGUUGGGGCACUGGGCCUCUCUCGGCAAGCCACACCCAUAUCCACCACUGAUGUCUCUCGGGAACAAGACCACCUCACGCUCGGCACGCCAGGAAAUGGUUUCCAAAGCAAAGCCCCAACGUCACGAAUCACAACUCGACGUCCUCAUCGGUACUAG